CACACUUCGUUUUGAUCUGUACCAGCGUCUCAUACAAUCACCGAGUUCACAAUGACAGCAUUCGGUUCCACAGCUCCUUUUGCAGAGCCUCUUUGGUACUCUCGCAACUCGAGCCCAUACUACAACGAUUCUCAUCGGAAGCUACGAAAGUUUGUACGAGACUAUGUUGACGAACGCAUAGCCCCUCAUUGUCACGAAUGGGAGACUAAAGGCCAAGUGCCGCAGAAUGUCUUGCAGUUCCACGCAGAUAUGGGGUUUCAGGCCGCUGCUGUAUAUCCUAUGAGCAAAGGUCACUUGUCGAACGUCAAGCUGCCUGCAGGUAUUCCAAACGAGGAGUGGGAUUCUUUCCACGACUUGAUCGUCAUUGAUGAGAUUGCACGAUGCGGAUACCUCGGUGUGGUGUGGGCGUUGACAUGUGGUAACUCUAUUGGCUGUCCGCCCGUGGUGAACUUCGGGAAUGAGGAGCAGCGUAAGCGGUUUUUGCCUGAUGUUUACGCUGGGAGGAAGAGGUUUUGCUUAGCUGUUACUGAGCCAGAUGCCGGUAGUGAUGUGGCAGGUCUGACAACGACUGCGGAGAGGAAGGGAGAUGUCUACGUUGUCAACGGUGCGAAGAAGUGGAUUACCAACGGAUACUUUGCGGACUAUGCAACGACUGCCGUGCGUACUGGAGGUGAGGGUAAGAAUGGCAUCUCGACUCUGGUCAUACCCCUCAAAGCCAAAGGUGUAACAUGCAAGAAAAUAUCAAAUUCUGGAGUCAAUGCAAGUGGCUCCACUUAUAUCGAGUUUGACGAGGUCGAAGUACCGGUCUCGAAUCUACUCGGUAAGGAGAAUGAAGGCUUCCCAAUCAUAAUGUCUAACUUCAACCAUGAGCGUUUAUGGCUAGCAUGCACAAGCAUCCGCAUGGCGCGUGUCUGCGCCCAGGACUCAUACGCACAUGCUUGUAUUCGCGAAACAUUUGGCAAGAAGCUUAUUGAGAACCAAGUGAUUCGAGCAAAGAUUCAAGGCUUUGGCCAGAGGAUUGAGCCCAUGCACGCAUACAUGGAGCAACUCGUCAGCAUGGUCAAGCAAGCAAAGUCGCACGAAGAGCAGCAAUCAUUGUACCUAGGUGGACAAUUUGCGAAUCUCAAAGUGGGUGCCGGACAGGUGCUAGAGUGGGUAAAUAGGGAGGCUCAGCAAAUUCUGGGAGGACUCGGAUAUGCGAGGAACGGCAGGGGUGAACGUGUCGAGCAAAUCAGUCGUGACUUGAGAGUCAUGGUGGUAGGUGGUGGGAGUGAGGAAAUUUUGAAGGAGUUGGUCGUCAGCCAGGAGCGAUUGGCCCUCAGGCUGAAGCAGAGUAAACUUUGACCGUCCUAGAUAUCGGUGUAUGAUGCUUAGAAAAGAAGUCCUGUUGUUAUUAUCAUUACCCUCAAGAAAGCAGAUUGCAGAUAAGGACAACUAGGAGGAGGCAAGUGGGCAAGGCAAAAGGCAAAGGGUAGAGUCAGGGGGAAAGCAAGGACGGUUUACAAGACAGAGCUGCAU